AUGUCCUCUCUACACACAUCCUGUAUCUUUUGCAAAAUCAUCAAGGGUGAAAUCCCUUCUUUCAAGCUCUUUGAAACAAAAACCGCUUAUUCCUUCUUGGAUAUCCAACCAACCACUGAAGGACAUGCAUUGAUCAUCCCAAAACAUCAUGGUGCCCGUCUUCACAACAUUCCUGAUGAAUAUCUCGCCGAUAUCUUGCCAAUUACCAAGAAACUUGCUGCCCUUUUUGAAGUUGACCAUGAUCAAGACAAUUUGGAAGGUGUUGGCUACAAUGUCUUGCAAAACAACGGGAGAAUCGCCCAUCAAGAAGUCGACCAUGUUCAUUUCCAUUUCAUUCCAAAAAGAAAUGACACUACCGGGUUAGGUGUGGGAUGGCCUGCUCAAGAAACCGAUUUCGAGAAAUUGGGCAAACUUCACGCAUCUUUGAAAGAAAAGAUUGAAAAGAUGUAA